CGAAGAACCAACGGCGAGCAGCGCAAUUCAAACAGAAAGACGGAGGAAGAGUGUGGGAAGUCGCUUCCUUCGCUCGCUCCGAAACGUGUACAACACUAUGUGCUGUACAUCAAAUUGAUGCGUGAAGACGGUUGAGGUGGCCGACCGACUCACUGCCGAUGUUUAUGUGCCUGCCUCCAUGCCCUGAUUUAGGAAGAGGGUCCAAGUACGUCCUCCUCGUCUAUUGCCAACGUUCACCUGGAGGUCGCGGAAGAAGCAGCACGGAAGCGUCCUCCGUAUACGUGCCGAGCCGAAGUGGUUUCCAGUCAACCGCUGCUAUAUAGGCAUCACCGGCGCCACCACACGCUCUGCUUCCUUCAAGGACCCUCGCCUGCAACUCAUUGCCUUCCUCAUCCCUCCCCUAAACGCAUAACAUGGUCUUCGGUCUUACCGCCGUGGCCGCCAUGGCCAUCCUGGCAGCCGCCAACGGUGCUCAAGCUGCCCCGGCCGCUGCCAACCCGCUGUCGAACAUCAAGCACAUCGUCCUCUUUAUGCAAGAAAACCGAGCAUUUGAUCAUUACUUUGGCACCAUGGCUGGUGUCCGUGGCUUCAAAGACCCAAAUGUCGUCAUCAGCCAGAACACCAAAAAGGAUGCCUUCCAUCAGCAGGUUGACAGCACCGUCACCCCCAAGCCACCUGCGGGAGUGACGGAGCUGCAGCCCUGGUGGAUCAACGCUGCGGGUGGUGACAGCCUCGACCGAUACCAGUGCAUGCUGGCUGGAUCGAAUGGCUGGCAACAGAACCACGCUGCCUGGAACAAGGGCAACAUCGACCGAUGGGCCCUCAACAACACUGGUUACUCGCUUGGCUACUAUACCAGGAACGACCUGCCGUUCCACUACGCCUUGGCUGAUGCUUUCACCAUCGGUGAUGCUUACCAUGAGUCUGUGAUUGCUGCGACAAACCCUAACCGUGUCAGCUGGGGUAGUGGAACGAACGGAAUCAGCCAGCACAAGGCUGGUUUGGGCGGCCCUGUUGUCGACAACAACGACUCGCCCGGCUGCGAAACAUCCCCAGACGGAUCUCAGUAUAGCUGUUACCCCUUCAAGUGGAAGACCGUUCCCGAAUACCUUCAAGGGGCCGGCAUCUCUUUCUUUUCGUACCAGAACCAAGACAACUUUGGCGACAACCCCUUUGCCUACUUUGAGCAGUACCAGACUGCGCCCAAGAACUCUUCGCUCGUCACCAACGCCAACUCCUUCGCUGGUCUGCAGAAGUUCUACGAUGAUGCCAAGGCCGGGACAUUGCCAGAGGUCUCUUACAUUGUUGGUCCCACUGACCUCUCUGAGCACCCGCCAUAUGGACCCCUCGAUGGAGCUUGGCUGCAACAGCAGGUUGUCAAUGCUGUCCUGAACGGCAAGAAUUACGAUUCGACAGCAUUGAUCAUCUCCUACGAUGAGACAGGAGGAUGGGGUGACCAUGUCAUGUCGCCUCACCCCCCAACCUCGGAGACUGACGAAUACAUGAUCGACCCAUUCAACCCCAGCCUUGGCAACCAACCCAAUGGUCCCGGCUUCCGCCUUCCCUUCACCAUCGUGUCGCCAUGGACGCGCAGUGGAGGUGUCUUUACGGAGACUUCUGCUCACGAGUCGCAGAUUCUUUUCCUUGAGCAGUGGGCUCAGGCCGUCGGCAAGCCUUUUACAUCGAAAGAGAUUACCUCGUGGAGGAGGAGCCAACUUUCGGACCUGACCCGCGCCUUUGACUUCUCCAAGUCCGACACUUCCAAGCCUACUCUGCCUACCAUUCGCCAGGCUUCUCAGGAUGCCAACGGACAGUACAAUGGCGCCAGUGUAUGCCAGAAGAAGUACGGCAACGUCCAGCCUACGAUUCCGUACAGCAACACCCAGGCCGGCCCUACCGUCGAGAAAGGCUUCAAGCAGAUCCGAGGCACGCCAACCGAGGGUCGAUACCUGACUAUCGAGUCGGACCAAGGCACAGCGCUGUCAUACGACAGCAAGGCUACAAAGCUUGGUGUAAGCCAGGCUAAGUCCGACCACUCGGAUCCUCUCACCCGCUUCGUCUUGCACGCAGCCAGCCCAGAUGCCAACAACCAGGUCUUUACCCUGUCAACGGCGUCGAGCGACCCCAUCAAGUACAUCGCAAGCGAUCUCUCGCUCACCGACGCCAGCAAGGCCGGCAAAUUCAAGCUGCAAGACCAGGCGAACGGCAAGGGAUACCUCAUCACGGAGACUUCCUCCAACAAGCCCGUCAACAUUCAAAAGGACAAGGCCAGCCUCAGUGCCACCCCCCCCAAGAUCGAGAUCUUUUCCGUUACCUUCUAAAAUGAUUGUUCUUGUCUCGUUGCGUUGCGAGACUACCGUGAAUGAUGAUACAUCUUUUGUCUG